AUAUAUUCCUAAUUUCUCUCUCUCUCUCUCUAAGUUCAUCUGAGUUCAUCACAUUUUCUUCUCUCUAUCAUUUCAACACAGCAUUGGGUUUGGGGAUCAACCCGGGAAUGGCUUGAAGUUUACUGUUCUCUCUUCAACUUGGAUCUCUCCCUCUGCUCACUCAUCUCUCAGAAACUUGUGUUGACUUUUCCCAGCUAGUUUACUGUGGUUGAGCAUUGUCUCAUUCAUGGCUGCGGAUAAGUCUUUCCUUGUAGUUUUGAGCUUUGUUUUACUGGCGUUGGUUCGAGUGUCGUUGGCUGCGGAUUAUGUGCCGACUGAUAAGAUUCUAUUGAAUUGUGGAGGCCCUGAUGGGGUUACUGAUCAAGAUAAUAGGAAAUGGACAACAGAUGUUGGGUCUAAGUUCCUCUUGGGGACGGGGAAGUCGAGUACUUCCUCUGCUGAUUCUCAGAAACCGUCUGUUCCCCAAGUUCCUUUUAUGACAGCUCGAACGUUCCAAUCUGAGUUCACCUAUAGUUUCCCGGUGGCACCUGGGAGGAAGUUUCUUCGGCUGUAUUUCUAUCCCGCGUCUUAUAAUGGCCUCAAUGCCACCAAUUCGUUGUUCUCGGUGAGAGUUGGGGAGUUUACCCUUCUGAAGAACUUCAGUGCAGCCCAGACUACUGAAGCUCUGAACUUCGAUUUUGUGGUGAAGGAGUUCUCCAUUAAUGUGGGCGAGACUCUGAAUGUGACUUUCACACCAGCCCCAAACAGUCCCAACUCUUUUGCGUUUGUGAAUGGGAUUGAGGUUGUUUCGCAUCCCGAUAUUUACAAUACUGCAGAUGGAACUACCAUGAUUGUUGGACAAAAUUCUCCAUUGAACAUUGAUAAUAGUACUGCACUUGAGAGCGUUUAUCGGGUGAAUGUUGGUGGCAAUGUCAUAUCACCAUCAAGUGAUACCGGGAUGUUUAGGUCCUGGGAUGAAGAUUCAAAGUACAUAUUUUCGGCGGGCAGUGGGGUCACGGAGACUGCAGAUGAUUAUAAUAUGACAAUCCGCUAUCCUCCAGGAAUGCCAACUUAUGUUGCCCCAGUGGAGGUCUAUAAAACUCUUAGAUCAAUGGGUCCAAAUGGAAGUGUUAAUGCGAAUUCCAAUUUGACAUGGUAUUUUUCUGUUGACUCGGGGUUCUUCUACCUUGUCAGACUUCACUUCUGUGAGUUCACUACCAUUAUCACCAAAGUCAAUCAGAGGGUUUUCAUCAUCUACCUGAACAAUCAAACUGCAGAGACGGAAGCUGAUGCAAUUGCUUGGGCAGGUAAUAAAAAUGGAGUUCCCACGUAUCAGGAUUACGGGGUGUUUGUUCCUAAAGGGGAUCCACAGGUAGAUCUUUGGCUUGCACUACAUCCAAAACCGGGGUCUAAUUAUUUGGAUGCGAUUUUGAAUGGAUUGGAAAUAUUUAAAGUAAGUGACACUCUGGGAAAUCUUGCUGGCCUCAAUCCAGUCCCAUCUGUGCAAUCAGAAAUCGAUCCGUUUAUUCCAUCUUCGGUAUCAGGAAAGUCGAAGAAUCAUAAAGCAGCUAUUGGUGGAGGGAUUGGCGGUGGAAUUGCUGCUGCCCUAGUACUCAUUGGAUUGGUCAUUUGUGUCGUCACCCGACGUCGUAGCCACGGGAAGGAUACAAGUACAAGCGAUGCACAAUCCGGUUGGCUUCCUCUUUCCUUGUACGGGAAUUCACAUUCUGCUGGUUCUGCAAAGACAAACACCACGGGAAGUUACACCUCCUCGUUACCAUCGAACCUUUGCCGCCACUUUUCAUUUGCUGAGAUCAAAGCUGGCACUAAAAACUUUGAUGAAGCUCUUCUUCUUGGAGUGGGAGGUUUCGGGAAAGUAUAUCGGGGAGAAAUCGAUGGUGGCACGAAAGUUGCUAUUAAACGUGGUAACCCGUUGUCAGAACAAGGUGUUCACGAAUUUCAAACCGAAAUUGAAAUGCUUUCUAAGCUUCGCCACCGACACCUUGUAUCUUUGAUUGGAUACUGCGAAGAGAAUUGUGAAAUGAUCCUUGUCUAUGACUACAUGGCAUAUGGAACCCUUCGCGAGCACCUCUACAAGACCCAAAAGCCUCCGUUGCCAUGGAAGCAAAGGCUCGAGAUUUGUAUAGGUGCUGCUCGUGGAUUACACUAUCUUCACACCGGUGCCAAGCAUACCAUCAUCCACCGCGAUGUGAAAACCACUAACAUCCUCUUGGACGAGAAGUGGGUGGCAAAAGUUUCUGAUUUCGGGUUGUCGAAGACAGGUCCCACUUUGGAUCACACCCAUGUAAGUACUGUAGUUAAGGGUAGUUUUGGAUAUCUGGAUCCCGAAUACUUCAGAAGACAGCAACUCACUGAGAAGUCAGAUGUCUAUUCGUUCGGUGUUGUACUUUUCGAGAUUUUAUGUGCCCGCCCCGCAUUGAACCCAACCCUUGCCAAGGAGCAAGUGAGCUUAGCAGAAUGGGCUUUGCAUUGCCAUAAUAAGGGCAUUCUUGAUCAAAUCACAGACCCUUAUUUGAAGGGUAAGAUUGCACCCGAAUGCUUCAAGAAAUUCGCAGAGACAGCAGUGAAGUGUGUAGCUGAUGUUGGAACGGAUAGGCCCUCGAUGGGCGAUGUUCUUUGGAACCUCGAAUUCGCUCUACAACUUCAAGAGAGUGCAGAGGAGAGCGGGAAGGGGCUCGGAGGGAUAGACAUCGAAGAGGGCUUUGAUGUCACUUGUAAAGGCAAGAAGGACCCCGAUGCAUCCCCCGGUUUCGAUGCAAGCAUGACUGAUUCACGAAGCAGCGGGAUUUCAAUGAGCAUUGGUGGCCGGAGUCUCGCCAGUGAAGACUCGGACGGGUUGACACCCAGCGCCGUCUUCUCUCAGAUCAUGAACCCGAAGGGACGUUGAGUCUUGAAACAAACACUGCCCGCCCGCCACCCGCUCUCAAUCCAAGGUAAGGCAAUGCACUAUCACCAGGUUAAGCUUUAAAGGCUUGAUCUUUAAUGUGUAGUUUGGUACUAUCUUUAUUCUUUUUACUCAUAAAUUUAUUAUAUUGGUAUUGAUAUAAUAUAUCCUUUAAUUCCCCUUUGUAACUUGUAAGUUGUAUCUACAGCUACUCAGUAUGAUAUAAGUCUGAUACUUUGUACCCACAACUUUGAAGAGCUUGUUCCUUUGAUAGUUUGAUCUUGUGUUUACUUUUAAA